GCCAAUUUGUCUCUCUCCACCCCUCCAUUCAGCUCCAAUUAUGCCGAUCCGUCCAUUGGAUGAGUGGGCCGCUGCCCGCACCCAGUCUCUUCCACUCUCCGCUCUCAAAGGUGCUGUUGUCGGUAUUGAUGCGUCGCAUUACAUCAAGCAGCACCUCCUCCACCCUUCCACACGCGAGCCUUUGCUGGUCGCUCUGGGUGGAUUCCCGUUCGCUUUGAGAAAUAAUAUCGAGCGAGAGCUGCUGCUCUUGAAGGAUUCAGGCGUCACUGUUAUUUUUGUCUUCGACGGUCUCGACUUUGGCACCAAAAACCAGCGACCCCACGUAUCGCCAGAAUCAGUGCGGGCAUUCGAACAAGCGUGGGACCUCUACGACCAACAACAAGCUGAUCAAGUGGUGGAUGCAUUCAGUGGUGCUGGUAGGGACUUGCCGAAUCCUGGAAUCGUAGCGCGACCCGCAAUGCGCUGCCCAGCAACCUUAACUCGCGCUGACAAUAAUUGGGUGUUCUAGGUACUCCUCGACCAGAGUCGCUUUAUCGGUUCUUGCAGCGUAUCCUUCAUCAUAAUGAUAUAGAUUAUAUUGUGGCUCCUUA